UGAGGAUCAUAUCUUCCUGGAGAUAAUGGACAAUGAGUUUUUCAGAGACAGCGACAAUAGCUGGGUGGGUCCUCUUCCCUUCAGACACCCUAGACCUCUUCUUCCCAAUAACAGAGAGCAUGCUCUUACUCGUCUCUAUUCUCUUCGUCGGACUUUGCUGAAAAGACCAGAGAUGAAUCAGCAGUUCACAGACUUCAUGCAAAGGUUGUUUGAAAACGAUCAUGCAGAGUAUGCUGCUCCCCUAAGCAUUGAUCAGGAACGCUGGUAUUUACCAUACUUUGGGGUUUAUCACCCAAAAAAGCCCAACCAAAUUAGAGUGGUGUUUGAUUCCAGCUCUCAAUAUCAGGGUCUCUCACUAAAUAGCGUCCUUUUGACAGGACCAGACUUAAACAACAGUUUGUUAGGUGUGCUGAUUCGGUUCAGAAAGGAGCUUGUUGCUGUGACUGCCGAUAUACAGCAAAUGUUCCACUGUUUCACAGUGAGAGAAGAUCACAGAGAUUAUUUGAGGUUCCUGUGGUUCCGUGAUCAUGAUCUCGAAAAGGAUGUGAUUGAAUGUAGGAUGAAAGUCCAUGUGUUCGGAAAUAGCCCCUCCCCUGCAGUGGCGAUUUACGGACUUCAUCGGGCUGCCAAAGAAGGAGAGCUUAUGCAUGGAACUGACACUUACAACUUUGUGAAGAGAGAUUUUUAUGUGGAUGACGGUUUGAGGUCAUUUCCGACUGCUGCUGAAGCUGUCGACUUACUUCGCAGGACACAAGCAUCCCUGGCAGAAUCGAACUUAAGGCUCCACAAGAUAAUGUCAAACAGCCCAUUAGUGCUGGCAGCCUUUCCACCUGAAGACUGCGCUAAAGGUGUCAAAGAUCUUGAUUUUGGAGAUGAAACCAUACCAGCUCAACGUAGUCUCGGCCUGAACUGGGAAAUAUCAACAGACACCUUUACAUUCCACUCACCAGAUAACAGCAAACCUCUGACACGUCGUGGCAUUCUCUCCACUGUUAAUAGCUUGUAUGACCCUUUGGGCUUUGCAGCGCCUGUCACAAUUCAUGGUAGAUUCUUGUUAAGAGAGCUGUCAAAAGGAAUAGAAAACUGGGACGAGCCUCUCCCUGAAGAGAAAUGCAGGGAGUGGGAAAUGUGGAGAAAUUCAUUGCAAGACCUGGAAAGAGUUCAUGUUCAAAGGACAUAUAGCUUGAAGUCACUCUCAAAGGCAAAAUUUAAGGAGCUGUGCAUAUUUUCAGAUGCCUCCUUCAAGGCUAUUGGAGCAGUAGCAUAUCUUAGGAUAAUCCAUGAAGAUGGACAGAUCAACAUUGGUUUUGUCUUGGGUAAAGCUAAAUUGACACCUCCAGACGAACCUACAAUUCCUAGAUUAGAACUUUGCGCAGCUGUAUUAGCUGUUGAGAUAUCAGAUCUAAUCUUGGACGAGAUUGAUUUCGAACCAGACUCUGUAAAGUUCUUCUGUGACAGCAAAGUCGUAUUGGGUUACAUACACAAUGAAAGUAGGAGGUUUUACGUGUAUGUGCACAAUCGCGUUCAAAGAAUCAGGCAAUCCUCAAAGGCUGAGCAAUGGCAUUAUGUGCCUACCGAGCACAAUCCAGCCGACUGUGCGUCCAGGUCUGUUCCAGCUUCUCUUCUUACAGACUCCAUGUGGUUGACAGGACCAGACUUUCUUUCUAAACCUUCGGAAAGUGAGCUAACCUUGCAAGAGAACUUUGAGCUGGUGAACCCAGAGACAGAUUCAGAGGUUCGUCCUUUACCUCAAGCAAGCACUGCUGCCACUAGUAUAACUGAGAAAUCCCUUAACCCAGAACGUUUUGAACGCUUUUCAACAUGGAAGUCACUGUUGAGAGGAGUGACAUGCUUGAUCCACGUUGCCAGUUCCUUUCACUCUGAGUCUAAAGGACAGACAUGCACACAUAUAGGCUGGCAUAAGUGUCAUCAGCCUUACUGCCAGAGUGAGUUAGCCCAAGCUAAAAAGGUCAUUCUUCUAUCUGUCCAAAAGUCUGUUUUUCCUGAAGAGUACAGUGCUCUUAAGAAAAAUGUUGAAAUCUCUCAGAACAGUCCUCUGAUCAAGUUGAAUCCUGUUCUGGGUGAAGAUGGACUAAUCAGAGUCGGGGGUCGUCUAACACAUGCACCUGUGGUCAGUAAUGAGAGAAACCCCAUUGUCUUACCUGGACGUCAUCAUAUCUCCACCCUACUAAUUCGUCAUUUCCACGAUCAAGUGAAGCAUCAGGGACGUCUUUUCACUGAAGGAGCUUUGCGCACUGGAGGAUACUGGCUGAUUAAUGGAAAGAGAUCUAUUAGUAGUGUCAUACAUAAGUGUGUUGUGUGCAGGAAGUUACGUGGGAGUACAGAAAUUCAGAAAAUGUCUGACCUUCCAGAGGAACGUCUUAGUACAUCCCCACCUUUCACUUAUGUUGGCUUGGAUGUGUUUGGUCCUUUUUCAGUAUCAGCUCGUCGUACAAGAGGAGGUCACGCAGAGAGCAAGCGCUGGGCCAUUCUCUUCACUUGUAUGUCCACACGUGCUGUUCACAUAGAGAUAAUUGAAUCCCUUGACACCUCCAGCUGUAUAAACGCACUACGGAGAUUUUUUGCCAUUAGAGGGCCAGUGAAACAAUUUCGGUCCGAUUGUGGAACUAACUUUGUAGCUGCAAGCAAAGAACUGGGAUUCUCCAAAAUCAUGAAGGACCCAAAGAUCCAAGAAUACCUCACAAACUGCUCUUGCUCAUGGGAAUUCAAUCCGCCCCAUGCUUCACACAUGGGGGGAGCUUGGGAGCGUUUGAUAGGUGUAGUAAAGAGGAUUCUGGACUCAAUGUUGCUGCAGUACAAAUCUCGUCCCCUUUCACAUGAAGUCCUAUGCACUUUCAUGGCUGAAAUUUCAGCAAUAAUUAAUGCAAGGCCCUUAGUUCCAAUCUCCUCAGACCCUGACUCUCCUCUCAUUCUAACUCCUGCAAUGCUUCUGACUCAGAAGGUCGGUGUUCCACCAUCUCCUGGCAACUUCUCAGGUAGUGACAUGUUCAGGCAACAGUGGAAGCAGGUGCAGAGCCUUGCUGACAACUUUUGGUAUCGCUGGAGACGCGAGUAUCUCCCAACACUACAAAGUCGUUGCAAGUGGACUAGUACUCAACCUGGCAUUAAAGAAGGUGAUCUUGUCCUUCUUAAAGACAAUCAGAGCCCUCGUAAUGAGUGGCCUAUGGCUCUUGUGUCCAAAGUUUUUCCUAGCGCUGAUGGGAGAGUACGCAAAGUUCAGUUGAAAGUUACAAAAAGUGGAUCUGGAAAAGAUGUAAAGUAUCUUAGACCAAUUACAGAAGUUAUUCUUCUGUUGUCUAAUGACAAUUAAUACUUAAAUGAGACAUCCUUAGGAUGUCUGGCGGGGAGUGUUCUGCUCCAAGUUUACUUGUCACUUGUAUUGUAUGUAUAGUUGUUUGGUUUGGUGCCCCCUAGUGGCAGUUCUCCAGAUAAAAUAAGUGAUCACAUUUCUCAUGCAGUCAGCUCCUGAAUCUUCUGAUGCCAUCCUUUGUUUUGUGUUUGUAAAAGCAUCAUCUUUUUACUCUUAAUUCAUAAUGUACCUGGCAUCUUAUUAAACGUCAAAGACUAAGAUGAAUCCUGACUCGUCUGUACUUUAUGGAUGGAGUUUGGCUGGCUGUUAAAUUGCAUUGGUAGUUGCAAUGAGAACAGUAC